AUGGAUACCAACAGAUGCAUCAAUCACUGCAAGAAUAUAUCAAAAAUAACGUUUAACCUCCGACCACCGGAUUUCCGCCAAAAUAAAACUAUCACAGAUAAUGAAACGAGUUUUACAAAUUACUCAAUAGACUUCAGUGAAUUAAAUUUUGACAGAACGCUUAACGAAACUUUUUCGAAUUUUACGUUUAAAAAUGGAACGUGUAGUGACGUGCAUUAUAAUCUGUGGGCGUUGUCGUUAAUAGUGUUCCCAUUGUUGACGUUGUUCGGUAAUGUGCUGGUGAUCUUAAGUGUUGCUAGGGAGAGAAGUUUACAAACAGCGACGAACUAUUUUAUUGUUAGCUUAGCGGUAGCCGACUUAUUGGUAGCGGUGGUCGUCAUGCCAUUCGGAGUUUAUUAUCUGUUCAAUGGAGUGUGGGGUCUGCCGGCGGUGGUGUGCGACUGCUACAUCGCUAUGGACGUCACGUGCUCGACUUCAAGCAUAUUCAAUCUAGUCGCCAUCUCGGUCGACAGAUAUAUAGCAGUCACCCAGCCAAUUAAAUACGCGAAGCACAAGAGCAACGCUCGCGUUUGGGUCAUGAUAGCAGUGGCAUGGCUGGUCUCCGGCGCGAUUGGCUCGCCCGUUGUUCUCGGCCUGAACAAUACCCCGGACAGAAGCCCCAACCAGUGUCUCUUCAACAGCACCGACUACGUCAUAUACUCAUCGCUCGGGUCCUUCUACAUACCUUGUAUCAUCAUGAUGUUUCUAUACUAUAAAAUUUUUAAGGCGAUUCGGCAACGCGCCAAAAAGCAACGAGUAGCGAAGACAUGUUCAGCUAUCAGUUCAGCAGUCUCCAGCGGUACAGCCGCUGUUGUCAUUGAAAAUUUAGCACAGACCCAGAGGUUCGUGGAAGUUCCAGAUGAUAGGCCAACGAACACGGCUUCGGGAAGCAACGACGAUGAUGACGACAAUUUCGACAGGUCAGAGAUGGGGAUUUACGCUGAUGAUAUUGCAACGUCCAGGUCAGCGAGAUUUAUGCUCGCAGCUGUUGUAGAAGAAACUGGACUGAUAAUGGCUAACCUAGCAUCACCGAUACCAAUGAUGGACCCCAAUACGAAUAACGAUUCAGGGUACGCGCCCUCGAACAUGGACGUGGAUAAAGACCAUACGCCGCCCCCAUCUCCAAUCAAGGAAGAGACGAAGAAAGAUGAACUACCAAAGAAACCCGAGUUAAAAAAGAAGCUGAGUCGCAUCAGCAAUAGCUCACUGAUCUCAACGCCAAGGAGGAGGUUCAGGAGUGCAGCGUCAGCGGCAAGAUUUACGAUAUUCAGAGCAAACAGAGCGGGCAAGUUAAGAGCCAAGUCAUUUGCGAAGAAAGAAAAAAAAGCGACGCAAACGUUAGCGAUUGUACUUGGCGUCUUCCUUUUCUGCUGGGCGCCGUUCUUCACGUGUUCCGUCUUGGAUGCGAUUUGCACCAAGUUCGGUUUCAACCACUCCCCAGGCGUCACCGUCUUCAUAUUAACAACGUGGCUGGGCUACAUCAACUCCUUCCUCAAUCCAGUCAUAUACACAAUCUUCAACCCGGAGUUCAGGAAAGCGUUUCGUAAAAUACUUCACUGUUCGUAGCCCAUGGACUUCUACUUAGUUUAUACUUAAACAUCUUUAUAAUGUGUCUCGGUUGUGUAUGUAAGUAAUAAGUGUAAAUAUUAAAAUGGUUGUAGAUUUUAUUUGUAUUGUUACCUUUAAUGUAGUUUGUAAUUUUAUGUAUGGUAUCGCUCGUGCAAUGGAACGAUGUCCUUCUAGAAUCUUCGAUAUCAUAUGCCUACAACAUCAAGGCACACGA